CUGCAGUGUUGUAUUGAAGCGCACAUCCGAAUUGCUCUGUCUGCCGAUUAUCGUUUAUGAAGAUCCUUGAAGUUAUGGCAGCAAGUAGUGUUCUAAACCAGCGCCAACAUGUGGGAUUGCAGACACUGUCAGCAUUGUCUGGUAUCACGACACAAUUUUUGGGUCCUACCAAAACCUACAAGAUCAUUCAAGAUGAUGCGACCGGUGAAUCCGCUCUAGUAUCCUCAUGUUAUCGGGUACUGGAAAAUCUAGAACUGACCUGCGCUGUUGGCCAACUGGUUUACGAGACUGUGGGAGCCCAUCACAGAAUUUAUAAAACUGGUUCUGGAUGCUUGCUUUUCAUGGCUGGGGCGUGGAGUAGGGUCGCAUUAGAGUGCCUACACAGAGGAAUUCCAAUUGCUCAUAUAAUAUCAGCUAUGUCAGAAGGAAUGGACAUCUGCUUAAGUGUCUGCAAGCUAUGUAGCAUCCCAAAUAAAGAACUUUACUCAACACCAAAAGCACAACCUAAUGAAUCUAUUGUAAAGGAUUCUGCAAGCCAUCAACUGUCAUCUAACAAGAACCAAAGAAAACUAAAGCUAAGCCGUCAUUUUCAGCAACCAAAUUGUGAAAAUAUUUCCAUGAUUCCUAAUCUUAACUCAGAGAACCAAAACCUAACUGCUAUUGCAAGGACGUUAAGUCACGGGUACUCUGAGGCAAUGGAUUUAGUCAUCAAAGCUAGCCAAAUUCAAUCUGAAAAAGACCUAACAUUUGACAUUGACAAAAUUUCAACUUGCUUACUGCCUUGUUCCGCUGAGAUUUGGAAUUGUGUUCUACCUGGGUGCAUUGUGCCUGUAUGUCCAGAAAAGGCUUUAAUUGCGCGCAACUUAGAAAAACAAGAUUUAAAGGUUGCACUAAUAGAUGGUCAUUUGACAUCCACUUACCGCCAUCUUGGUUAUAACAAACCAAAAGGAUUACAACAUGUUUCGGAAGUUUCCAGUUCAGACAAUCAUGAGGAAGAAUGGUUGGAAUGCAUUGUAAGACUUAUACUAAACUUGGAAGUGAACCUACUGUUAAUUAGUGGGAUUGCUGAUGGAAAACUGAAGGACCACUUUUGGAAGCAUAAUAUUCUUGUUGUAGAAAAGAUGAAGCUUUCGGUUUUGAAGACAUUUGCCAUGUCAACAGGCACCAUUUUGGUGUCUUAUGCCACACAGUUAAAUUCAAAAUGUAUUGGAACUGGAGUCACUGUCAAUAUAUGGAAAGAUUUGAGCAAUUUUGCCAACAAAUCAAAUCAUGAAUCUUUUCUAAACCUUUCUACCAUAGAGAAAGGCGGCCUAGUAACUGUUGUGCUUUCAAGUUGGAUACAGGGGAAAUUGCAAUCUGAAGAGGACGCAUUCUUGGCGUGUGCUUAUCGCUUACACUGGGCAUUAAAAGACAAAUCUCUUCUUCCUGGUGCUGGGGUGACAGAAAUGUAUUGCAUUCAUCAACUGCAAAAGCAAGCACUACUCUAUGCCAGCGGUCACAAAUCUGUGCCACCAAUUAAUCCAGGGACAGCUGCUGGCCCUUACACCGGUGUAGUGUUGCAGCUCAUGGCAGAUGGUUUCAUAGACUUUGUAAUGAAUGUGAUGGUCAACACUGGGAAGUAUUCGAAAGUGCAAGCCAGGACUGUUGUGGUGGAGCAACUACAUGGCUUGGAUGGAAGUGUUAACAGUGCAAAGAUGGACCAAAUACGUUUAAAAGAUCAUCAGAUGGACAGUCAUUAUGGUGAAAGCAUGAUCUGUGAUAAUCUAACACUGAAGCAGGAAGUGUGGAGGAAAGCACUGGAUUUAGUUUUCCUUAUUUUACAAACUGAUGCAGAGAUUAUAACAGGUGUGGACCAGAAACAAUUAGAACAGAGGGAUCUUAUAAUUUUAUAAUAGAAAUGCUUUAA